UGAUAAAUUCUUUUCUCCGUAGGGUAAAUAAAUGUCUGUCAUUUACACUUGUAUAUAAUGUUCCCAAAAUUGAAGCUGCUCCAAUACCUAUAUCUUCUCCUAAAUAUUCAUCUCCUGACUGGAAGUAAAAUUUCAAAGAAAUGUCAGACAUGCAAAGAUGUUGUCAAGAAUUUUCAUAAGGGUAUGGAAAAAACUGCAAGAAAUCAUUUUGGAGGUGGAGAUACUGCAUGGGAAGAAUCUCGUCUAGGAAGUUAUGCGAGAAGUGAGACACGGCUGCUAGAAAUAUUAGAAGGGGUUUGCGAAGGUGUCUCGAAAGAGGCUGCCUGUCAUGCCAUGGUUGAGGAACAUGAGGAAAAUAUUGAAAAAUUUUGGUUUGACAAGCACCAUGAAUUAUCAGAAUUAGAACCAUUUAUGUGUAUAAUAGAAAUGAAAGUGUGUUGUCCUGAAGGAAAAUUUGGUAAAGAUUGCCAAGAUUGCCCUGGUGGUGCAGACCGUCCUUGCAAUGGCAGGGGGAAAUGCAAGGGUGCUGGCACCCGUGGAGGCACUGGUAAAUGUGAGUGUGACCAGGAAUAUCAAGGAAAAACUUGUGAAGAAUGCAGUGAUCAGUAUUAUGAUGCUGGCAACAAAACAUGUAAAAAAUGUCACGAAUCAUGCGCGUCCUCAUGUUCUGAUGGAACAAGCAAAGGUUGUGACGAUUGCAAAGAUGGUUAUGUGGAAGAUGCCGAUCAAGCUUGUGUAGAUAAAAAUGAGUGUGAAGAUGCUGAUAUAUGCAAGGAGGGAACAUUUUGUUUUAAUACUAAAGGCUCUUUCCGAUGUCACGAUUGUGAUCCAGCAUGCGAUGGUGGAUGUAUGGGGUCUGGACGCCGCAGCUGUGUUAACUGUAAAGCUGGGUGGAAGCUGCUUGAAGAUGGGAACGGGUGUGAAGAUAUAAACGAGUGCGACGGAGAGAUUACAUGCCAAGUUGGCACGUUCUGCAAAAACACAGAAGGUUCUCACGAAUGUCAGGCUUGUCAUGUCUCCUGUCAUGGUGGCUGCACUGGUGAAGGACCAGGCGCAUGUAAAGAGUGCGCGGAAGGAUAUAAAUGGUCGGAUGAAGGCUGCACGGAUGUUGAUGAAUGUCUUGACAACAAAGUCACGUGUCCGUCUGGAAAGGUGUGUGUCAAUAAAGAUGGACCUGAUUUGUGUGAGGCUUGUCAUUCGUCGUGUAUAGAAUGUGUAAAUACAAGACCGAGCGGUUGUUUGCAAUGUCAAGCUGGAUAUAAAUUAAUCGAGGGCGUAUGUGAAGAUGUGAACGAAUGCACGGCAAAUCCUUGCAAUAAGAAAACAGAGACGUGUUCCAACAGCCCCGGUUCGUAUCGAUGUAAAUGCAAAAAAGGAUUCGUUCGCACGAAAACAGGAGACUGCGUCAAGAAAGGUAAAAAAACAAAAAAAGAGAAUUCAAUUGAGCAUGAUAUAGAACAGGGUAGAUUCUUGACAGAGAAACAACUUAAGAUUGGCUCACUAUUAUAUGCGGUAUUUUUUGGUUUGAUUUACGUGUUGUUUAAACGCGGUCGGUAUUAUUCGAUCGCGUUUUUAGUCUUGUUACACGGUGUUCUAGUGGCUUAUGUUAACUUGAAAUUUAAAGCGUAAUAAAAAAGGUGUGACCAAAAAAUAAAUAAAACAUACCGUAAUGAUCCGAUUAAGCGCCCAGCCUAUUUUAAGCGCCCCCUCAAAAAGCGCCCAGGUAAUUUAAGUGCCCCCCUCCUCGAAUAAGCGCCCACCUGAUAAAAGGGGGCCCUUAAUCGAAAACUACUUUGAGAAACGUAUUUGAAAUUUGGCGCUUAUUUGAAAAUAAAGUUUAUUUUGUUACAUCACUUAUUCAGUUUUAAUUUUCAGGGAAAAAAAAUUGAAAUUUACCGUUGUCUUUAAUUUGUGCAAAAUUAGGAAAAAUUUAUAAGCGCCCUCCUCGAUUAAGGGCCUAUGCAAAAACUCCAUAAUUUAAUGAGCGCCCAGGGUGCUUGUUUGGAUCAUUACGGUAAUUGCCGCGGUUAUAUUAUUAUUGAUAAUUUUGACGUCAUUUAAUUCUCUUCCGUUGUUUACGAUGAAUCUUUGUUGUGAAUAAUGAAUCUUGCGUUAUUUUGAUUUCGUAGUAAAUGUUCAUCUUUUGUUUAUCCAUCAAACAUAUAAAUAGUUCUAGUGUUAGUCCCGUUUUUAUUAAAGUUCGCUAAUUUUUAAAUGCCUUGCCUGCAUUUAAUCCCCAUCGAAGUUGUUUCAAUCAGGACUUUGUGUUAUUUUGUUUAAAGCAGGCUUCGCCAAGCAACCGUUCUUUCCUUUCAAGCAAAUUCUAACAAUGUCAUUUAAAUUAGACCUUAUGAUAUGUCUGAGUUUGUUGAUGUGAACUUGAAAACCGUUGCAAGCAUUCUCCAAAAAUAGAAAAGGCUGUCUUUAUAUGUCAACUUAAACUGGUAUCACACCUGCAGAUGGUCGCGAUAUUUUAUGCGCCAGUUGUUCCGAAUAUAAGUUUUAAAUUUCAACCUUGUAAUAUAUUACUGUAUAAGCGAAAGUUAUAAGCGAAAUUUCGUAAUGUUUCUGUUUUAAACUGGAGAGCAAUAACCCUUAUUUAACCCAAAGUCAGUCUCAAGUACAUUAUAACAGAUUUCGCCUUUUUUUUACAUAAAUACACCUUUCCCGAAUUAUAAUAAUUAUGACGUCAUCCAUUAGUGUUUUUCAAAUAAGGAUAUUCAGAUAGAAUAUUAAAUUCUUAUCAUGACAAAAAUGAAGUUUUUAGAGCAAUAUAAUAUUAUACUUAGAUUUUAUUUAGAUUUAAAAAAUAAUUAUUUUAAAAACGAGCCUAUAAAGGUUUUUGGUAACUUUCAGCUCGAAAUUGAGGCACUUAACAAACAGAAAUAUUUACGAAAUUAGGUAAUUUGUUCUACCUUUUGCUAAGGAACUUAGGGAUAAGAAUCAAUUUUAGCAUCGACUGCUUAAAUUGAGUUUGGCAUAAUUAGGAAAUUCGGGAAUGGUCUGUCACACUAUGAGAAAAUAAAAGUACCUAGAAAAACUAAGAAUUUUUAUGACUCAUCAUACAAAUUUGUCGUUUGCACAAAAUUUAUCUCGAGGUUAAAUAAGAAACUGUUCUUGCUUGCUAGAAUAUGACGUGUAAUUUGCAGACUUUUAUAUUUCUUUGUUAUUGCUCGUUAUUUUUCUUUUUUUUUUACUGUUUAGGUAAAAAACAAAGUGAAGGAAAA